GAACUCGUAAACAGAUCAGACAACAUAAUAAAAAUCAGAAUCAAUCAUUCGAUCGGUCAUUGUCGAUGCGUAUAGCAGCACUUAAAUCGCAGUGUUUAAAACUCCAUCGCAUGGCGAUGCAUGGUUACUCGCAUUAGUUUGUGCGGCGGGUUCGUUGGCCGGAUGUUUGCAUGAAUGGAAUAUAACGCGUCGGGCUGCUAAAAGGUUUUACGAAUCGUCUAUUUGCGCGGAUCGAAUCAAAUAUCUAGUUCCAUCGUCGGUUAAUAUGUUUGGCUUCGAAGUGAAAAAUUGGUUUUUGCAUGGUCGUCGGUUUUUUAUACGUGUAUCGACGACGUGGGAUUUGAGCUAACAGUUGGAUCGCGCGUUACAUAUUCCACCAAGUCCUACACAAUUAUAAUGUGAAUUAAAUUGAUUGGUAUAUUAUGUGUUAUGCAUGAGGAAUAACGAUUGCACUCUUUACUAAUAACGUUAACAAUUUUUUUGUUAAGGUGCGAUAUGAUUAUGAACUCGUUAGUACAUUAUUAAAGAAAAAAAUUAUACGUUGCAUUCAUGUAUUCAUUUUCACGCAUACAUAAUUUUUAUUUGCAUCUCGAAGUAGCAAUUAGAUAUCCUUCACUUGGUUCGAUAUUGUACUUUGCAAUACAGACGACGAUAAUAUUGUUAUUAUGUUUUUAUAGUAUUGUCACGUACAAUGUAUUAAUAUUUACUAAACGCACGAUUCUUAAAUUUUUAUUUUGGAUUUAAAAAAAAAAAUUACAUGCAAUAGCUACAAUAGUUCGUUUGAGAGAAUUGAUUUAAUUUUAACGUAUUCUGAAUUCACUAUGCGUAUCGUGCGUCACAGAAGUCGUCUUUAUCGACAGUACGGUGAAAAGUGGAAACGGCGGCGCUGUAACGUCGGCUAGUAGUGACAAGAUGGCGACGCCCAGUGAACUGUCUCUCGAAGAAAUUCGUCAAUAUUUAUUGGAAAAUGGGGGUACUGCUCGUAAUCACGAUGUAGUGAAGUACUUCAAGAAGUUUUUGACAGAUCCAGAAACGCGAGUCGAGGCACGAAAUCAGUUCAAGGAAUAUGUAAACACCCUGGCUACUAUAAAGAACGAAGAGGGUGAAAAAUAUUUAGUUCUCAAGAAGAGGUAUCGUCAACUUCCUAUAGAUCUGGGGAUUUCGGAACAAAUCAUAUCACCCAUAAGUACUCCUGAUAUAUCAACUCCGCUUUCUCCUUUACGAGUUCCGCCACCUUACCGACCACCACCUCCCGCGCCUCUUAGUCCUCCGACCAAUAAUACGAACCGCGAAGAAUCGUGUUCGAAUUUUGAUCGUGAAGAGGUCGCUAUUAAUGCGCGGAAAAAUGGCGUUGAAAGUGUCGAGACAGGAUUUUCAACACCCUCACCUCCUGUACCACCACGUCGUAAAAGUCAAGAUAAAGUCAAGAUGGAAAAUAAGGAGAAUGUUGACAGAAAUAGGGGUGGAUCGGAGGCAGUUAUCAAGGAAGAUGAGGCUGUCGCGACGAAUCCGGGCUCAACCGAGCAAUUAAGCUUCCGCGAGCGGAUGCAACGUUUCAACCGGAUGGCUAGCGAAACUGAUCUCCAAGGCAGGCCUAAUGGCACUAUCACACCUACUAAAAAGCGAUCUGACAAGGGCGCCGACGAGGAUGACAGCGCUUCCGUUGCCUCGCAACUGGACGGGAAGUCACGGGAGUGGUUGGUCAGAGCGGCGCAAGGGGAUUAUCAGGCUUUGGCGAAAUUGGCCGCCGAAGAACCUCGCCUCACCCGGCUCAAGGAUCCGACAUCCGGUUAUACGGCGUUGCACUGGGCGGCCAAGCACGGCGACGAGAAUAUCGUGAAGCUGAUCGCUGGCACCUACAAGGAUUACAUCAAGAGCGUGAACGAAACUUCGAACGGGGGCUACACGCCGUUACAUAUCGCGAUGCAGUUCGAUCAUGAGAAUAUCUUCAACUUGUUGGUCCAAGUGUACGCCGCGAACCAGGAGAUACGUGACUAUAGCGGGAAGAAGGCGAGACAAUACUUGGUCUCCCAGGAGGCCGCUGUCAGUCAGGACACCUUCCGCAAAAUAAAAGCAAGGAAAAAGCAUGCAGAGAAAGAUCUUGGUUUCCUGCGUAUUGGCUCGCUGAACGUACGCGUGAAACGUACGACGGAAGCGUUCAGCCAGUUCCUGGGUGUGGCAACUAGCAGCGCCAGCAGCAACCACGAGAAGAUACACAAGAGUUGGGGAUCGGCGGAUAAUGUGCAGUUGGAUCAAAAAAUGAUGCCGCCACCAAAGUACGCGCCUAUCAAGAAAAGAAGAAGUCGCCGUGCUCAGGAUUUCAGUUCGUUGCGGGAGCACCAAGCUGCCAGUCAACCGACCACUCCACUUCUUCAAGGGAAAGUUCGAUCGAGUCAACAGAUGCAUCGUCGACCAACCUCCACGACAGCCGUCAGUUCUGCAGCUUCCAAAACGCAGCAGAACAACGACUCGGAUUCGGAUACCGCAUGCGGAUUCGAUUCCGCGUGGAGAGGAUCUGCGCAAUUGUAGACAUAACUCCGACGCGACAUCUAUCGCGAAAACUUGAGGCUCAAAUGCAGAGUUUCUCGAUCUUUUCGCCACUUUUUUUAAUUAUUCGUAUGUUCGUAAUAUAAAAUUUUUAAAAAUCUAGUAAUAACUGGAAUGAUUGAAUUAUGUAGAUAAAAUUACGUAUAUAUUUGAUCACAUUACGAUUAAAAGUUAAAAGAAAUUGUAAUACGAGGCGAUUUAUAGAUUGAGAAACACUGCUCUAGUGAAUCAUCGUGUACCUUUGUCUUCUGAUCUCUUUAGAUAAUGAUUUUGAAAUGAUUUUCUAACAGAUCGGUUAAAAAAGUUGAUGUAGUAUAUUGAAAAAGACUGAAAUUAUGAUUUAGCGAUAAUAUUUUUGAAUAUUAUGAUGAGUUUAUAGCAAUAGCCAGAUAAUAUGGCCAGAUAUAUUCGGAACAUUUUUCUUUACCGGUGAUAAGCUUUCCCUAUCGAUCGACUGAUUAAAAUAAUAAGAGUUUUAUAAAGGAAUUUAUUCUUGAUGAAGACUUGCACGCAAUGAUUUGAUUAUCGAUAUUUUCUUACGUUGCAGAGAUGCAUUCUUUGCUCUAAUUAUUAUUAUUAUCAUGGUUUUUAUAAGUGCCUUAAUUUAACACUUGAAAGCAAUAUUUUAGAUUUAUCGAUGCAUCUGCACGAAGGCCAAAUACAUAACAUACAUAAUCCGUCGUAAGCGUGGAAAUUACAAUUUCUAUACAGGGUGUACUACGCACAAUUUUAUUGUAAAAUAUUCUAUCACUUAAGGAAUGUGAAUACAAUCAUUGUACCUAAGUAGUAAAAAGUAGAAAUUGCAAUAUUAUGCGUGUUGUUAUACUACCGACGAAUAUAUAUAUUAAUUAUUCAAUUGUAGAUUUUUAAAUAAAUUGUAUAAAUGUUUAAGAUUAAAAAUAAAUGACGAAUUGA